UUCCACUGGAGGGCGUAUGUGAACAAACGCUGGGAAGCUAAGCUAUGGCUUCGCAGCGCUGCAGGCCGGUAACAAAAAGUGCAGAAUAUGGGCCGAGUCUCUGAGCUCUGAGCUGCCGGAGAGAACGCGAGAAGUGGAUUCGUGCUCUGAUACGGAGUAGAGAUGACAUCACUAAUUCUACAGGUGGCCUGUAGCCUGAUUGGCUGGAUCUCCACCUAUACAACACUCUGCCACAUCAAUGAGCACCGGGGCUACGAAUGGAACUGCCGCCUAGUAACACUGCUGCAUGGGCUACUGGUGGUCAGCAUGACAGCCUACGUUGGCUUUGUUGAUGGACCUUGGCCUUUCACGGAUCCAGGUUCUCCCAACAGCCCCCUACAAGUGCAGGUGCUAUGCUUGAGCCUGGGCUACUUCAUCUUCGACAUGUGCUGGUGUAUCUACUUCCAGACAGAGGGGCUGGUGAUGUUGGCUCACCACACCAUGAGCAUCUUUGGCAUUGUACUGGCCCUGGCACUAGAGGAGUCCGCCAUUGAAGUUAACGCUGUUCUCUUUGGCAGCGAGAUCACCAACCCACUACUGCAGGCGCGCUGGUUCCUUCGCAGCGUGGGUCGUUACGACUCUUUGAUUGGAGAUCUGGUGGACGCUGCCUUUGUGUUGCUCUUUGCAGGCAUGCGGAUUGGCGUGGGUGCCAGAAUGCUGUACUGUGAGCUGGCAUCACCCCGUCCCCGUCUGGUGGUCAAAAUCUGUGGUGUGGCUAUGUACGUCCUCUCCUGGGUGUUUAUGGUGAGCAUUGGACGCUUUGCCUGGAAGAAGAGCAGUCAAAAGUACAGGAAGUGGCAAGAGCGCAGGAAGGUGGCUGAUGUCCACGUGGUGGCCAAUGGCAAUGCUAAGAAAGUGGACUGAAAGAGAGGCAGCCAUAGUUGGCUUAAUUAGCACAAUAGAGCAGAGAAGGGGAAAGAGACAUUUGCACUAAACUGACACUUCAAGCCUGGAGUAGAAGUAAACUGACUAGUCUACAGCGGACGGAGGCGUUGAUUCAUAACUCGACAGGCGGGGGGUUUGUCCCUCACGUCAAGAGUAGGAUGGGAUAGAGUGGAAAUGGGAGAUUUUUCAUAUUUAUUUAUUUAUUUAUUUAAACGUGUGUAGCAGUUUACAGAUUGGAUAGGAUGGUGUUAAAAUGGUGUGCUGUCACCUGUCCUGUGGGAACACUGUCACAUGGCCUUUGCGGGACAGUUUACUUGAACCAGAUAUGGGCUUCUGGAACACUCCAUCUGUGGAAGGUGGGGACUGGAUAAGUGGCAUGUCUUAGUGGGUCGUCCUGUUCUGGCCGGGUGGUCCUGACUCUGUAUGCAUUUGGCUGAUUGAUGCACUGGGGACGGGGAACAUCAGGUAAAGUUUAAUAAUUGUGCAAAACAUCCAAAAUGUUUUAUAAUGUACUCUUUAUUUAUUUGUACAAAUCUAUUUGAUGUACCAAUGAGGCAGGCUGAGUGUUAAAUACAUUUCAACGCUUUCUUCUAUGGUCCUUCACAGACUUUCUCUGGAUCAUCCAGUCAGAGCUGGGAGGCUAAGAGGCUUCAUUUAUUUGUGUAGGCUGCUCUCCAUUAAAAUAAUGAAGCGUAAUGAUCGAAAAGAUGGGGUUUUUAGGAACCGAGUUUGAAAUUUACUGUGGGAGGCUAUGUCAUGCCCGGGUGUCCCGCAGGACCCUCGACUGUUUGACCACUUUAAGCACAAUUCAGCUGAGCCCAUCCACAUUUUUACAUCACUGACCUUAUGUUAGGGGCCUUCUAGAGAUACUGGGAGACAUUUGAGCUUCUAACACAGUGAUUAUUAAAAUGUUUUUUGAUCCCUUUUAAA